AUGCCGGACUCCAAACGACCGACCGGGGUGUCGCACCAUGGGGUACGCGACCCGAUGGCGGGCGCCGCAGUGAAGGAAAAAGGGGGCGCGUGCCCGGCCUUGCUGGCGGCCCCCUGCAAGGACCUGCUGAGGAGCUUCCCUCACAGCAAGCGGGUGGGCUCCUACCUGGUGGGCAAGAUGAUCAACAAGGGAUCCUUCGCCAAGGUGAUGGAGGGGCUCCACCUCGCCACCGGGGAGAAGGUGGCCAUUAAGGUGAUUGACAAGAAGAAAGCGCGUCAGGACUCUUACGUGCAAAAGAACAUGAAGCGAGAACCUCACAUCCAUCAGAUGAUACGACACCCAAACGUCGUCGUCCUACUGGAGACCCUGGAGACGGAGAACAGCUACUACAUGGUGAUGGAGUUGUGUGGCGGCGGCGACCUGAUGGAGCGAAUCUGCGACAGGAAGCGCCUGCCGGAGAAGGAAGUCCGAAGAUACGCACGACAGAUUCUGUCGGCGGUGGCGCACCUCCACCAGCGUGGCGUCGUGCACAGAGAUUUGAAGAUUGAGAACUUCCUGCUGGACGAGGACAACAACAUCAAGAUCGUGGACUUCGGCCUGAGCAACACGCUGAGGUCGGAGUCGUUGCCUCCGGAGCUGCUCAGCACCCAGUGCGGAAGCCCCGCCUACGCCGCCCCCGAGCUCCUCGCCCACAGGAAGUACGGACCCAAAGUGGACAUGUGGUCCGUAGGCGUGAGCGUGUUCGCCAUGCUGACGGGCACGCUGCCGUUUACCGUGGAGCCCUUCAACAUCAAGCAUCUGCACCACAAGAUGGUGGACGGCGACAUCGCACACAUACCGAGUGACAUCAGCAAAGGUGCGGUGACGUUCGUGCUGUCCCUGCUGGAAGCCGACCCCGACGAGAGACCCGGCGCCCGAGCCGCCACGGAGGGGCCCUGGAUCAACGAGGGCUACGCCGAGAGGCCGCUACGCUCGUUCUCGCGCGACAACAUGCCGUCGAGUCGGGGCCAGCAAAAGCCUUCUAUGCCGAGCGCCGAAGACGCGGACGCCUCGGUGCUGGCGUACAUGACGGGCACGCUGGGCUACUCGGCCGCGGAGGUCGCGCGCACGCUCGCCCACAACCGGCCCUCCGCCGUCAUGGCCACCUACCACUUGCUGCUCGCCAAGAUCAAGAGGAGCCGCCGAUGCGCCGAGAGCGACCGCGCCAUGGUUAAAAAGGCGGCAAGCAGACGAACGGCAGAGCGGCGGCACGAUGGGACCGGAGCCCAGCAGCCGUCACGACGAGAUGAUGAUGAUGAUGACAAUGGAGCGCCAUCUUCCUUCCUCCCCCCUCUCACACCCUCAUCACCACCGGAAGCCCCUGAUGAAGGCGCCGCCGCCAGCUCGUACACCGCGGAGGCUCUGACGCUUCCUGACGUGUUGGGAACAAAGGACCAAGUGGUCCAUCUUUCUCCUCCCAAAACCACCGCAUCGCACCUGUGUGACUCCGCCCCUUGCCACGCCCCCUCACUCGCCGAUCCAACGGGAGACGGCGGCGCCUCGAGGCCGGUCCGACCGGCGCGGCAGCUCAUCGGGAGCACGGGGUCGGACGGCGGUGGGCGUCCCCCGGAGGCCGUCCUGAGGUUCGCUGUGCCGCAGAAGUGCGCCGCUUCUCCCAGAAUGCACCUGGAGUCCACGCAGAGAGCUCCGCCCACCACGCUGCCACACCUACGCGGCCGGGGGCUAAAUGACGGCCGAGGCAGGAAGGUUUCGUGGGUCCGCCUGACCCCAUCGGGGCCCUCUGGACUCCAAGUGAGCGGGUCCAAAACUCCCGCCUUCGCCUCGCAGAAACACGCUGUGGGAACUAAGAGGAACUCUGUUACCCAGCUCCGCUCGACUCCACGACGACGGAUGACGGAGCUCAGUCUGCCGCUACUUCCGGACAGGAAGCUGCCGAGCAUGGAGUACUGACGCGGGAAUUCUCACACGCAAGCGGCAUCCCGUGGAAGAAAAAACAGAGAAAAAUUGAGAAAAGGUUUUUUGUUUUUUUUUCCCUAAAAUAAUCUCCCCCCCAAAAACUCUAGAAAAUCUUUUAUUAAAAGAAAACUUGGUAAAAAAAAUAAUAAAAAUUUAAAAAAGUAUAUGUAAAAUUAUACUUUUUUGAGAGUAUGACUUAUUGAAGGGGGGGUGGGAAAUCAACUUUAUUUUUAACUUCUUUCUACUUUAUGCACUGCCUUUUAAUUAGAAUUUAAUUAUUGGAAAAAUUAUUAAAAUAAUUUAUAAAAUAAAACUUUUUUCUUGCAAUAAAGAAAACUUAGACGGAACUUUCUUUCUCCCCCCCAAAUAAUUUUCUGUGAGGAAAAAAAAGGCCCAAAAAUGCUUCUUUUGAAAAAAAAUGACUUCCUUGAAAAAAAUAUAUUUUCUUUUAAAAUAUAUUUUCCUAAAAUAAAUACAUCUCUCAAAAACUAAACUUAAUACUACUUAUUUUUAAAGGUUUCUUUUCAAUAAAAACGAAACUUUUUUUCUCAACAAAAAUACAUGGCCAAACAUGGCUUUUCUCUUGAAACAAAUUGACUUCCUUCAAAUAAAAAAAAUCAUAAAGUAAAAAAUAAAUACAACUUUUCUCUCUCAAAAAAAAUUUCUUUAGUGACAUUUAUUUUUUGUAAGUUUUUUUUGUUUUCAGAAAAGUCAACUAACCAAGAGCUACUUCGGCUACUUCCUGUCACGUUGCGCGACGCAUGACUUCAUACGCAUCCCGCCUUUGUUACGGCAAAUUGCCAGUUCGACUUCACCCAACAUUUGUGUGUCGGUGCUGUUCAUACACAACAGUGACUCAGAAAAAAGAAAAAAACCUACUUUGAAAUACAAAAAAAGGUGUAAGACAAAAAAAGCUGUGAUGCCAAACAACUUUGAGUUGACGUAUCCUCAUUAAAAGGUUUUAAAUGGAGCCAAAGUCCUAAGCUAGCUGUAUAUUUGGAAGUGAUUCAUGUUAAUCACUUUGGCUUUACACAACGUGUUUUUUUUAAAUUUUCUUUUAUUGUAUUUGUUUUUUUAUUUUAUUUUUUAACUGUGCUGCAAAAAAAAAAAAAAUUAUU